AUGAGCACCACGGAGACCAUUGUUUAUGCAUACACCAAAUCAGAGGCACGCAAACCGCCUUACGAAAGACAGCCUAUGCCGUCUCUCUUUGAUGAGCCGAUAACAUCUAAAAAUUGGCACAACCACGUCAACUGGGUACAUGUUGUUCUUCUCCUUGGUACUCCAUUGAUUGCAAUCUAUGGUGCUUUCACCACUGAGCUAUGUUCACGUACAUUAUUGUGGGCCUUUGUUUACUAUCAUAUAAGCGUUUUUGGAAUCACAGCAGGUUACCACCGGUUAUGGUCCCAUCGUGCCUAUCGAGCAGUGUUGGCUAUGCGGUGGUUUUACUGCUUAGCUGGUAGCAGUGCUAUUCAAGGCUCGAUCUAUUGGUGGUGCCGAGGACAUCGCGCACAUCAUAGAUGGACUGAUACCGACAAGGAUCCGUACAGCGCCCAUAGAGGUCUCUUUUUCUCGCAUCUUGGAUGGAUGUUGGUUAAGCGACCCAAAAGCCGUCUUGGUUUUGCCGACGUUGCCGACCUCAAAGCUGAUCCUGUGGUAGCAUUUCAACAUCGAUUAUACCCAUUAUUUGCCCUUGCUAUGGGCUUCCUUUUUCCUACACUAAUCGCUGGUCUUGGCUGGGGAGAUUUUAGAGGUGGUUUUUACUAUGCUGCCGUAUUUCGACUUGUGCUCGUUCAUCAUGCUACUUUUUGCGUAAACAGCCUCGCACAUUAUAUGGGCGACGAUACAUACGACGAUCAUCACACUUCUCGCGAUCAUUGGUUUACUGCGGUCAUCACCAAUGGUGAAGGAUAUCACAACUUCCACCAUGAAUUUCCUCAAGAUUACCGCAAUGCUGUCAUGUAUUACCAAUACGAUCCCACCAAAUGGCUUAUCAAAGCAUUGUCAUUGUUCGGCCUUACAUAUGACCUUAAAACCUUCCCAUCCAACGAGGUCAGCAAAGGAAUGAUACAAAUGAAGGAAAAGAAGCUGGCAUCCAUGAAACGCAGGCUCGUGUAUGGUACGAAGCUCGAAGACCUUCCCGUAUACACAUGGGAUGAAUUCCAAGAUUUGGUCCUAAAUGGAAACAGGAAAUGGAUCCUUAUUGAAGGGAUCUUGUACGACAUGGAAGGUUUCAUCAAGGAGCAUCCCGGUGGUGAGAAAUACAUCCAAGCUGGUUAUGGCAAGGACAUGACAACAGCUUUCAAUGGUGGCGUUUACAACCAUUCGAAUGGUGCCCGUAACCUCCUAACGAGGAUGCGUGUUGGUGUACUCAAACAUGGCAUGGAAGUCAUGGCGCAUCAUCAUUUGUAA